GUUCGCGGCUGUUCUAAAUCCCUAAAUCGCUUCGUCAGCGCAAAAUCCGGGGCACCGCAAUCUCCAUCCGUUUUCCCACCAACUUUCGUCUUUGCCGACACCCCCUCAUCACACCCCUACGCGACACCCGAGAAUCCUCACGAGGCGGACCCGAUCAACAUAGACAUGUACUAUUAACUUUUUUUGCUGUUUUAUUUUUAUAACGUAGGGUCUAUUGCAUUAUAUCGGAGACAAGGUCGGUGGCGUAGUAAUGCCAUCGGCUGCUGUAAAUCAUGCCGCGAGGUCCGAGUUCACAUCUCAAGGAGAGGAAAAUGCAAAUACCAUUGUCAGCAAAAUGGAUGGUGUUGUCAGGAAAGCUAGUAAUGCCGUCACGGGAGCUACGGCGCGAAGCCCAAGUACAGAUUCAGUCGAUGAUAAACCACCGAUAGCAAUGAAGGGGAAACGGCCGGAUAAACAUAGUAUGGACUAUGUCUUUCGUUCUUUCGUCGCUGGAGGUCUCGCAGGGUGUGCUGCCAAGACUACCGUCGCUCCUCUCGAUCGAGUCAAGAUCCUCUUCCAGACCAGCAAUCCGCAGUUCGCAAAGUAUCAGGGUUCGUGGGCCGGCUUCGGGAUAGCGAUACGCGACAUAUACGCCCGGGACGGAGUCCUAGGACUAUUUCGCGGACACUCGGCGACCCUCCUGAAAAUAUACCCUUACGCCGCCGUAAAAUUUGUUGCCUACGAGCAAUACCGCGCCUUGAUUAUCGGCUCAAACCGCGAAAAGGAAACGUGGUUACGGCGAUUCUCGUCCGGUGCGUUGGCUGGUGUGACAUCGGUCUUCCUCACAUAUCCUUUAGAGAUUCUUCGCGUACGGAUGGCAUUUGAAACGAAGGCUACGCGACCGUCGCUUAUCGACAUCUGCAAAAAGAUUUAUCACGAACACCCUCUAUCGAAGCCACGUCUUGCGAAUACAGGGGCCGGGUCAGGUAUCACAGGAAAUAUAGCCGCGGCCACAGCAGCAACAGCGCAGUCUGUAACCCCUCGCUCUGGCCUGGCUAACUUUUAUAGGGGGUUUUCUACAACUCUCUUGGGUAUGGUACCGUACGCCGGCGUGUCAUUUUUAACUCAUGACACCGUGAGCGAUCUCUUCCGUCUACCGUCUAUUCGAAAAUAUACUACCCUUGCUAAGCCCCCCAACGCUCCCGCCGAUAAGCCUGCACCGCUUCAAGCAUGGGCUGAGCUGAUAGCUGGAGGGCUCGCAGGUGUUGUAUCACAAACCGUGUCUUACCCGCUGGAGGUGAUCAGACGACGACAACAAGUUAGUGGGGCUGUGGGUGAUGGCCACCGCUUGCGAAUAGGUCAGACGGCGGGUAUGAUCUUUAGAGAACGAGGGAUCCCCGGGUUCUUCGUCGGAUUAUCGAUUGGUUAUGUAAAGGUAUUACCUAUGGGUGCCGUGAGCUUCUACACGUGGGAGCGGUUGAAGAUACUGUUCAACAUCUAGACAAAAGUUGUACAUAUGAUGGAUUUGCGGUAGCAUUAUCGGAGUGUAGGCGUUUAUGGCAUAUACCAUGCUUGGGUGCAGCAUGACGAGUUGGAGUCUGGCUCGCGAUGGCUCGCGAUGACUGAGGACUUGGGGCCCCUGUGCAUAGGUAUGGAUACAUGGAAUAGCAAGGCAUGACAUAGAGAGAAGUAUUAUAUACAACAAUUGUUAGCAGCCCCUUUCCCAUUGAAUCUAUUUUACAUCCGGUUUUAUUUUUUGCAUAGUAAAAAAUUACUAGUUUAUUGAAGUUCGACUCGAGCAUAAAACUUCAAGACACUGGUGGGUUGGAACUCACAUAUGGAAAUAUA